CCUCGUUGAGCUCCCUUCUCUUAUUCAUUUUCCUUCUCUAAACUCAACUAAACAUGUUUCAGCUAUCAAAUCUUCCCUUCUUUACCUUCAUAUUCUGGUCAUGUUGCACUUUUAACGGCGUCGUUUCAGAUCCACAGACCAAUCUUCUUAAGAUCCAGUGCAACCCAUUCAACGAGUUCUUCAUUAACAACAUCUCCAUCUUCAAUGACAACCUACACGCAACGUUUGAAGACAUCAGAGAGCAGAUCAGUGACCAAAACAAGCACUUCGCCACAUCACAACAGCAACGCCAAGGAGAAAACCCCGUUAUCACUCUUUUUCAGUGCAGAAACUACCUUCCAAUCAUUGACUGCGUCGCGUGCCUCGAUGCGGCUGCUGUCCGAAUCCGUAGCUGCGUCGCCACCAUAGCCCCUGGUGCUCAUGUUGUCUAUGACGGCUGCUUCCUCAGGUACAACUCCAAUGGUUUCUUCGACGAGACGACGCAGGAUUUCAAUUUCGCAUCAUGUGGGAAUCAGACAGCAGGAGAUCAAGCACCGACAUUUACCAAAACAGUUCGACAAGUUCUGAUGAAUCUCCAAGUAGCAACACCAAGAAUCCCUAGUUUCUUUGCAGCCACGAAGAUGAAUGUUCCAAAUGGCAAGGCUUUUGAUGCUGGUUGUUUCAUGAGAUACUCCACCAAUUCCUUCUUCAAUGAUAGUCAAACAAUUGAUAUCACACCCAUGACCAAACAAGGAUCAAGCAAAAAGAGGGUCAUAAUAAUUGGAGGAGUUGUUGGAGGUGCAGCUCUUGUCUUGAUCAUCCUUGCAUUGUUUGCUAGGAUUAGACGACGAAGAAGGAAUGAGAGGGUUCCUAGAGGAGACAUAACUGGAGCAAGCAAGUUGGAAGGUCUUGUUACUUAUAAUUAUAAUGAUUUGAUAUCUGCAACCAAUAAUUUCAGUGAAGUAAACAAACUAGGAGAAGGAGGAUUUGGGGCUGUAUACAAGGGCACUAUGAAAAACGGUAAAGUUGUGGCAGUCAAGAAAUUAACUUUACAACAGUCCAGGAAGAUGGAGGAGGAUUUUGAAAGUGAAGUGAAGCUUAUAAGUAAUGUUCAUCGUCGGAAUCUUGUUCGGCUUCUGGGAUGUUGUAGUAAAGGCCAUUAUAAGAUCCUUAUUUAUGAAUACAUGAAAAAUGGCAGCCUUGACAAAUUCCUAUUUGGUAGAAGCAAAGGUUCUCUCAAAUGGAAGCAACGAUAUGAAGUAAUUUUAGGAAUAGCAAGAGGUUUGACUUAUCUACAUGAAAAAUUUCUUGUACGUAUUAUACAUAGAGAUAUAAAGACUAACAACAUCCUCUUAGAUGAUGAUCUACAGCCUAAAAUUGUAGAUUUUGGGUUGGCAAAGCUUUUGCUUGAGGACAAAUCUCAUCUAACCACAAGAAUUGCAGGAACAUUACUCAAACCCAAAAUUCAUGUUCUGGAAGACAAAUCCCAGGAGAAUGAGAAGAAGAAGCUAAACCAGAAAUGGGGACAAAUUUAGAAAACAAAUACUCACCACUGUCCAAUGAUCUUUCACCAACGAUGACUAUUCGGCUCAGUUGAAUGCUCUUUUUCCGCAGUGUCCAAGCUUUUUUCCGGCAUCAUGUGGAUUGUCUAAGAUACAGAGACUUGUAACAUAAAAGAAAGUGUAAAAACUUUUAACAAAAGUUGAGCAAAGUAUAGAGAUCAAAAAUAGUGUCUUCCCUUUAAUUAUUUAAUUUCCUUUACUUCUAUUAUAACACGUGGAUAUUGUCUAAGGUGUUGAUCAUAUAUAUAUAUAUAUAUGGACACAGACACGCAAGUCAAUCAAACAAUAUUCCUUCUACACCCAUUAGCUUGAAUGCUUCAUAAUUAAUUCAUGUCAAUGUCAAUCAUCAAACAUGACAUGGUAUUUUACAUUGCAUAUGCCUAUUGCAGAUUUUAUUGGAUCUAUAUAUAUGUGUGUAUAUUUAUAUGUUUAUACUGGAGUCAUUGUUUCAAUCUAUUGCAUCAUAAAUAUUAAUUAUAAUAUGCAUGAUAGAGGAUAUACAGCACCAGAGUAUGUAUUUCAUGGCCAAUUAUCAGAAAAGGCUGAUAUCUAUAGCUAUGGUGUUGUCGUCUUAGAAAUCAUUAGUGGUCAAAGAAGCAAUGAAUUAAGGCUUCAUGGCAAUGAUGCAGGUGCAU